AUGUUCGACGAGUACCUUCACGUCGGGGAUACAACUGGCCGCGAAUGUCUCAAGAAAUUUUGUAAGUUAGUUGUGGAGGCUUUUGGCUACACAUAUUUGCGACGCCCGACUGCUAAUGAUUGUCAGAGCCUGAUGCGGAUGCACGAGACGGUGCACGGCUUCCCUGGGAUGCUAGGGAGCAUCGACUGUAUGCACUGGCAGUGGAAGAACUGCCCGAUGGCGUGGAGAGGCCAAUUUACUAGCGGCUACAAGGGCAACCACCCGACGAUGAUCCUAGAAGCCGUCGCUGACCACCGCCUCUGGAUCUGGCAUGAAUACUUUAGUGUAGUCGGGUCGAACAACGACAUCAAUAGGAGAGUCUUGUUUGCGGCAAAGCAGGAGUCCGCGCGGAAGGAUGUGGAGCGGGCUUUUGGGGUGCUCCAAUCGCGGUGGGCAAUCGUGAAAGGUCCGACGCGUUUCUGGUAUAAGGAAGUCAUCGCCGACGUCAUGUAUGCGUGCAUCAUCAUGCAUAACAUGAGAGUCGAACAAGAACGUGGACAUGCCACCGAUUGGGUGGAUGAUGAAGCCGGAUCUAGCUCCAGCACGACGAUCUCGCUUGUCACUCGAGGAUUACCGAUGGGCUUCGGUGCGGUUCUACAGCGACAUGCCUCAAUGCGCAACCAACAAGACCAUACACAGCUCAUGACCGACAUGAUUGAAGAAGUUUGGAACCGCAACCGCCGCCGUUGA